AUGAAGACUGCAGCAGUACUUUACGCAUGUGGCCUUCUGGCUACAGCUGUAACAGCUGAGUUUGAUGGCAACUUGAACUAUGCCAGUCCGUCUCGUCGUCAUGCUCGACUUGGUAUCGAUGUUCCUCUGGUCAAGCGCCGUUCCAUGAAGCGCGGCAAUACUCCCUACGAAGCAUCUCAGCUUAACUUCACCCACGGCGUCGCUUCUGGAGAUCCCUGGCCCGAGAGCGUCAUCCUAUGGACCCGCGUUGCUCCGUCUCUUAAGUCCGACCCAAGCAACAAGACCGUGGAUGGCACCGCUGGACUCUACAGCCACGAGACUGAAAAAUACAUCAAGGCCGACUCCCAUCCCAUUUGUGUGGACUGGGAGGUCAAGCCUUCUGAUGGCGAGAAAGUGGUGUCCAGUGGCCGAGCCUAUACAACAUCUGAUAUCGAUUAUACUAUUAAGGUUGAAGCUGAAGGCUUGAAACCUCUAACGGAAUACAGCUAUCAAUUUUCUAUAUGUGAUUCCGAGAGAAAAAGCCCUGUCGGCCGUACCAAGACUGCUCCCACAGCAGAUGAUGACGUUUCCGAGUUGAGCUUUGCGGUUUUUUCUUGCAGUAACUAUCCCAACGGUUACUUCAAUGCUUAUGGAAAUGCGGCUAGAAAGGAUGAACAUGACUAUGUCAUUCACUUGGGAGAUUAUAUCUACGAAUAUGGGGCUGAUGGCGACAGAGCUAGUCAGCCCUCGGAUGAAAUCUUUACACUACACGACUACCGAACGCGCCACGGACAGUACCGCACCGAUCCAGAUCUUCAGCUUUUGUCUAAAGACUUCGCUUGGAUCCCAACUUGGGACGACCACGAGUUUGCCAACAACGGAUACCGAGACGGGUUCUCCGGUCUUAACAAUACUGAGGACUCUUUUAAUAAAAAGGGAAAAGUCUCUGUCGAUUCCCGAAAGGUCAACGCUGUACGAGCUUAUUUCGAGUGGAUGCCCAUUCGCCAGACUGACAUGGACGAUGGUCUCCGAGUAUGGAGGUCUUUCAAGAUGGGAAAGCUUCUUGAUCUCAUCAUCCUCGAUACAAGAAACUACGACCGCAGUAUCACCUCACUUGACUGGAAUGAUGGAUAUAUUGACAUGAUCAGAGAUGAUCCUAGCCGAACUCUCAUGGGAAGUCGUCAAGAGAACUGGUUCUACAAAUCUCUGAGCGAGUCCAAAGACCGAGGUGCUGCUUGGCGAAUCAUUGGCAACCAAAUUAUCUUCUCUAGAAUAACCGAGAAUUAUGGUUCCGGUGAGAUAUUGUCAGGAGAUAAUUGGAGUGGCUAUGUCGCCAACCGAAACAGGACUCUCGAGCAUCUGUACAGCAAUGACAUUAGCAACAACGUCUUUCUCGCGGGAGACAGCCAUCAGAACUGGGUGUCCGACCUCGUUUGGUUAGGAACCAAAGACUACGAUAACAAAACAGGCGCUGGAAGCAUUGGUGUUGAAUUUGCUGGAACUGCUGUCAGCUCUAAUGGCAUCGAUGGCCCUAUCGAACCCGCAGCUGGAGAUGCCGCUCGAUCUAGAAUUGAAAAGAACCCCGAGUUGCAGUGGCAAGAGGGAUACUACCGUGGAUACUUCAUUCUGGAUGUCAACGCGGAGCAGGUUUCGUCUCGAUUCUAUGGCUCCCCUUCUGUGGCCACGCGCAACUCCUUUGAUAUCCCCUUGGCGAACUUUACUGUCGUCUCUGGCGAAAACCAUUUGAAGCGGCCUGUUGCCGGCGGUCGUGCCGAGUCCGGAGCACUUCGCUACGGAGAGAUUGUCCACACGAAUAUCACACUCGACACGGAGACUGGCGUAUGGAAUGUUACCGGCUUGGACAAAAUGUAUGUUGAGCAUAAGUAA